AUGUCGACCAAUCCGAACACCACCACCCGUGCCGCGAGCACACCAUCAGCCACAAUUCUCGACCUCCCGGCCGAAGUGAAGUUGAUGGUUUUAUCCCACCUUCCAGCAAACCAGGUACAAGAGUGCCGUCGAGUCUGCAGCGACUUCAAGGAGCUAAUCGAUUCGCAUGACAACCAGACGGCAAUUCGAAAACCUAUACUUGACCGCGGCGCAACAGAACAGGAGUCUUUCGUUGACUUCUUUCUUGUAACCGAUUGCGAGGAGAGUCUACUCUCGUACCUAUUCCAUUGGAUCGCCAGGAGAGGAAUCUGGCGGAGCAGAGAACGAAAUGCUCACAUUGCUCAUUCAGCUGCGAAGCAGUGGGCACUACACGUUUCGUCCACGUUCCGGAACACAUUCGCUGCUGACCCUAUGCACUUUGGAGCGCAAAUGGUCUAUAACUUCCUUGGACGUAUCGCAUAUGCUCUGAGUCAAGCGUACAUCGACACUCACUUUCCGGAUUUCUUUGAAGCGGAGGAUACUGAUGGCCUCGAGACCCAUGACAUGUGCGAUGUGAGUACCCUGGAAAAAUUCUAUGAGGUCAUUGAUGGCAGUCUUUACCAGGCUGACCUCAAUCACCUGAUCAAUGAGCUUGAUUUACCGCUGAGUAGAGCUCAACUAGGGCAAUGGUACGGAGAAAUCGUCGCGAAGCAAGAACCCCGCGUCUCCUCCUCCUCCUCCCUCUCCGAUCACGACGACGACACCACCACCCCACCCCUCAUCUCCAUCCCCCUCGGCCCCUCCCCACUUCUAGCCAUCCCACCCUACGUCCUCACAGAUUUCGAAUACUGGUACCAACUCAACGAAGAGGAUCUCGAAUUCGACAACAGCGACACUUACUCCGACUGCGCCUCUGACGUCUUUCCGCGAGAGACUCAUCGAAUCCCAGGCCGAUGUACGGCAAAGCAAUUGAGCAGAGUCUUGGGAGGAUGGCCUUGUGAGGAGCUUUACCCGCAUNGGACGUGGUGUGUGAAAUCGAAAUGGGCGGAUGAGUUGAUUGGGAAGGCGCUUGGUGGGGAGGAGUUGACGGAGAUGCAGAGGGCGGCGGUGAUUGAGGAGUUGUAUGUUUUUUGA